GCCGCCGCCGCCCCGCGCCCCGCCGAAGAUGGAGGGGCACGUCCUAGGCUGCAUCGUCCUCCUGUGGUUCGCAGCUGAGAUGGAGGGGUUGCAAGUCACUGUGCCUGAGAAGAAGAAGGUGGCCAUGUUGUUUCAGCCUGCUCUGCUUCGCUGUCAUUUCUCUACUUCUUCCACCCAACCAGCUGUGGUACAGUGGAGGUUUAAAUCUUACUGCCAGGACCGGAUGGGAGAAGCUUUGGGUAUGGCAACUUCUGGCUUACAAACAAUGAGCAAGAGGAAUCUGGACUGGGAUCCCUACCUAGACUGUGUGGACAGCAGGAGGACGGUCCGCGUCGUGGCUUCCAAACAAGGAUCUGCCAUCACUAUAGGGGACUUCUAUAAGGAAAGAGAUGUCAGCAUUGUCCAUGAUGCAGACCUUCAGAUUGGGAAGCUGAUGUGGGGAGACAGUGGGCUCUAUUACUGCCUUAUUAUCACACCUGAUGAUGUGGAAGGCAAGAAUGAAGAGUCAGUGGAGCUGCUUGUACUUGGCAGGACAGGGCUGCUUGCUGAUCUCUUGCCCAGUUUUGCUGUGGAGAUUAUGCCAGAAUGGGUCUUUGUGGGCCUUGUGAUCCUUGGGGCAUUCCUGUUCUUCCUCCUGGUUGGGAUCUGCUGGUGCCAGUGCUGCCCACACAGCUGCUGCUGCUACGUCCGCCUCCCCUGCUGUCCUGAGUCCUGCUGCUGUCCCCGGGCGUUGUAUGAAGCAGGCAAGGCAGCAAAAGCUGGAUAUCCUCCUGUGGUUUCCUCCAUGCCAGGUCCGUACUACAUCCCCACUGUUCCUGUAGCUGGUGUACCGUCUCCUGCUGUGCUGAUGGAUAAGUCGCACCCCCCUCCCUUAGCCCCGAGUGAGUCCAGCGGAGGAAGCCAAAAUGCAGUGCGCAAAGGAUACAGAAUCCAGGCUGACAAGGAAAGGGACUCCAUGAAGGUGCUGUACUAUGUUGAGAAAGAACUGGCUCAGUUUGAUCCAGCUAGAAGGAUGCGAGAACGAUAUAACAACACCAUCUCUGAACUCAGCUCUUUGCAUGAGGAGGACUUGAACUUCCGGCAGCCCUACCGCCAAGUGCGAAGGAAACCUCUUCCUCCUGCAGGGGACCUGGAUGGGGAUGCUGAAUACUGGGCAGGAGUGAUUGGUGGGGGCAGCACAUCAAGGUCACAGGCUGUCUCUGAUUACAGAGAUGAGAGAGACAGUUUCCGGCACAGCCAGCAGAGAUCCAAGUCUGAGAUGCUGUCUCGUAAGAGUUUCUCUGUAGGAGUGCCGGCUGUCUCUAUGGAUGAGCUGGCAGCCUUUGCAGAGUCCUACAGCCAACGGACCCGGCGAGCAGACAGCCAGGAAACUCGGCGCUUUGAGCGGUCAGAGUCGCACAGUGGCCGAGGUGGAGGGCUGCCCCACCAAGACAGCUCCAUGGAGGAGUACUAUACAAAGCGUAGCAGAGGGAACCGAGAGCCACUGACGGACUCGGAUCGGGGCUGGUCAUACAGCCCACCCCGGAGACGGGCCCAUGAGGAGAAGCACCUGCCCAGGUUGGUGAGUCGGACACCUGGAGGGAGCCAGAAGUAUGAUCACUCCUACCUCAGCAGCGUCUUGGAGAGGAAGUCCCGGAGCUACGAUGAGAGCGGUGACCGUUGUGAAACCCCUUCAAAGCUGAGCUCGCAACCCGGUCAGAGAGGAGGGGGAACCUAUUAUGCCUGGUCACCACCUUCUACUUAUAAACCUGAGCAGCCACAGCAGCAGUCGCAGCAGCCACCACCACCACCUCAGCAGGAGGAGGGAGAGGACACCUUGCCCCCAUAUAGUGAGAGAGAGCUGAGCCGUGGUCCUUCAUACAGAGCCAGGGAGCAGGCCUACCUCAACGCAUCUGAAAAGAAGAGGAAAAAGGAUCCCAAGAAAACAAAUGACUUCCCCACGAGGAUGUCCCUUGUAGUUUGAAGUUGUUGUGGACAUGUCAUGUUGAUGGGCUGGAUACCAUGAGGUGGCUGCAGUGGAAAAGAUACAGAUCGACAAGCAAAACAGGCCUCCGUGAACCUGCGCAGCCACCAGCCGUAGACUUCUCAUUUCAACUGUUUGUUUCAUCAGGGGAGCAGAGGCUUUCAUGAGAGACAGACUCCUAUGAACAACACUCAAUCUCAGAGACUCUGGGAGUCUGCCAGGAAAAGGAGGCCAGGGCUCUCUUUGCACCCUGCUUCUCAGUGCCCGCUAUUCUGUGCUGGAAGACAGCCACAUCCAUACUGUUCCCGCAUCCCUGAACUACAAGCAAGACUGUCUUUGUGCCUCUUGCCCUGUCUCGUCUGCAGAGAGAGGCCUGUCUGCAUACCUCUCGCUCUCACUGUCUCUUCUCUUCUCUAUUUGGAUCAAAAUUGUUUCCAUACUUAGAGCCUUUUCUGUAUCAUCCCCAUGCUGUGAGGAGGCCUUGUUCUAACAGCUGCAGACUGCCUCCAGUUGAUCAGGCCCUAAAUCUUGAAAGAAAAUCUACAUCCUUUCAGACACUAUAGAAAAGGACUGAUGAGGUGUUACUUUGGCAAGGGCUGAACAGAGAGAGAGAGACAAGUAUGGGCUGGUUUGUUCAAUAUAUUUAGUUCUGUUCAUACUGUGAUGACAGUUGCAAGUGAGAUUGAUGUAUUGUUUUGAAAGUGGAUCAAAGUAGCUUUUAUUGUAAUGAGAGCAUGAUGUGUUUCCCCCCACCCCCAACUGUAAUUUGUUUUGAUACAGUUGCAUUUCCUUGCAGCUGAGCUAUGACCCUGUAGAGCUUCAAGCUGGAAUAUUUACUCCAUCAUAUCAUAAGCAGUGCUCUAGCUUUGCUGGCGUUCUGCUUCCGGUGCCACCAGACCUCUGCAUAGUGGGCUUUUUGUUUUAGAGAAGCAAAAGAGGAGAAAGGUGUGGUGAGAUGGAGAAAGCUGCAGAUCUUCGUUCUGUGCUACUGGAUUACUCUUUUCUGGUCGUUCUAAGACAUUGAAUAGACAGUAACAUAAUGGAAAAAUAAUUAACACUGUGGAUGAACACAAGCUUUGAAAGUUACAUCUUUCAAUUAUAACCAUUUCAUUCACUUCAAUUGUGACAUGAUUUUAGUGGCUGUUGUCUCAGGAACAGCUUAAUUUAGAAGUGAGUGCUUCACACCAUCUGGAAGCCUGACAUUCUAGUUUUCAAAGGAUAUAAUACAGUCAUGUCUAAGUUUUAGUUGAUAAAUUAGAAUGAAAUCUAUGUGAAGGAAGAUGAUCAGAAUGUGAUUUUAAUGUCCAGUGUCUUGAUUCCUAUCAGAUCUAGAAACAGAUUAGCACCUUUUUAUGUUACAGACAUUGCCAGUCUCUGGAAUGCCAUCUCUCAUUACUCUGGAAAUUUGGGAGCUAACUGGCCUCAAAUUUGUUAGGUGCUUACUCUAGCAAUACUGUUUUGAACACUGGAUUUAUUAACUUAGCUGCAGUUCUCCAUAAAAAAAAAGGUUUAUUUCUGUAUUACUCCUUUGCCAUAUCAGUUCACUAGGAGUGGAUUGGGGGAGACGAAGAAUAAUCUCCAAGGAGUUGAUGACAUUACUAUUUUCAUACUUGAAAGUGAAUGGGUUUGAGGUUUUCUUCUCCCCCCACACUUCUCUAGCGAUGAGUGUACUUUUGUAAAGUCCAGUUUGGGGUCUUCCUGGCCAGAGAAGGGUUAGCUCUGAGGGGUGUAUUAUAACUGGGUCUGUCUGCCCUGUUUGAUGUCUGGAGAGAACAAAUUGUAAGUAUUUUCAUCUUUUCUCAUCUUUAAUGUAUGUUUCCAGGAAAUCAUAGCACAGUUAACUAAAGGCUAGGAGGGUGGUUUCCAUCUGUGGUCUCUAAGACCAUGGUAAGUCUACAGAGCUACAUAACAUGUCAUUUUAAAUUAAACAUUUCACACCAGACAUAUGAUGAUACUGGCACACAAAAAAUAUUGACAUUUUGUUAGUCUGAAAACUCUGGAAACAUGAAUUUAGAGGGAAUUUAUACUGCCAUAUUCUUUCCAUCAGACAUCCAGCAGACCCAGGAAACAUUUUACAUGGAGAUUUGAAAAUGUUACUGUAACAAAGACUGUAUCAGAGCAGGGCCAAAACAGUGACUUAAAGGUCUCUGGAAACCUGUAUUUUUUAAAUCAUUUUGAAAGCCAGAGCUUUCAAAAUCUGCCUCUUACCUCAGUUUUGUCAUCCCUUAUUUCAGUCACUGUAGAGGUUAUUUGAGCAAGCCCUCAGGAAUGAGCUGUAUGUGUUAAAAUAUGAUCCUUCUUCUCAUUUAUUUGGAUAAGUUUUGUCUUCUUGAUGCUGUUAUUUUAGGGCAUUUGGACACGCAAGUGUAGGAAAUUGCCAUUUUAUUUAUCUAGUUUAUAAAAGUAGUUGUAAGCUAAUUCUUUUAAGAAACUAUUUUAACUGUUCAUUAAAACUGUCCAACAUUUUUCUUGAAUCCAAAUACCUGGAAAAAUAUUGAAGAUUUUGAUGAAGACAGAAUUACCUUCUGACUAGUGGUUCUUAGAUUUUACCAGAUGAACAAAAAUUUCAGCCUCAAGAAAAGAGCAGGUCUUAAUUCCCUAAAGUCAGAUCCAGACAGCACCAAUCACUUGGCUUUGCCCUUAGUCUGCAAGCUUGGAUCUCCCAAAUAUUUUAUUGGUAGAUUCCUACCUUCCUAUACAAGCCCGAAGGAAUUCUCAGUUACUGAUGUCUGUCCUCAGGCUAUCCUUAUUUUUCCAAUUAGAAAUGUCUCUGCAGCAGCACCAAGUGGAGCAAAUCAGAAAAUGAGGGACUUUUGGAAUAGGGCUUCCACCUUUAUAGCUACAUCACCCUGAUGACCCAGGACUUGCAUAAGCAGCAGAUUAAGGCACAAGGAGACAGAGGUCGAUAGACUAUGAAGAUUCUCUUGUUUCAGAUAAGAAGUAACAGUGGGCCUGUGUCUGCACUAUCUUUCAGAGCAUUUGCAGAAUGCUGGCACUGGUAAAUAAGAAGCCUGAUUAUUGCAUUUAAUGGGACAGUGACAGGAUCUCCAACUACAAAUUUUCCAGUGACCAAUUUUUAUUGCUGGCAUAAAAUUAAAAUCCUUUUCAUACAGGAUAUGGAUGUCUGAGUCAUAUCAAGGACACAGAUGCUUUUUUAGCCUUAAAGCAUCUCAACAGUGACUAGCUGAGAAGACAAACAAGACGAUGAGUUAAUUCUGUAAAAAACAUACAAGCUCUUAGAGCAACAGUGGGACCAAACAUCAGCAGUAAAUCAAGUUGUGCCAUCAAAAAUGUGAUCUGGGCUGCUGAAAAAAUCAACAAAAUGGGGAAAUAAUUAGCAACAAUAAUGACUUUUCAGUAAUCCCAGUAUUCCUUCAAAGCACACUGUAAAAUUUCCAGGGGGUGGCUUUAGUGUGAUUGUCCUCAGACCUCUGAAAUAGAAAAUUAACUAGCAUUUGGAAUAUAUGUAAACUUUGGGGAACCCCAGCUUACAUCACCUGAGACAGCCAGCCAGAAUAAUUCAAGUCUCUGUGCUGGCUAUAACUGAGGAAAGGGAACUGACACUGUAAAAUAAACAGCCUAGCUCUUGUAAUUGUUAUGAUAAGGUCAGGGAGAGCCAUCAGCAACAUGUCCCAGGCCCGCCUCACCUUCUGUGUCGCCAGCACUGACAGCUGUGUGUGCUGAGGCUUCCUGAAAGCGGUCCCAGCUGGUCUGAUAUGUGGUUCCCUCAGUAGUGGAGGGAACUGUGGUUUGUGCCUCUGUGGGUAGCUGCUACCUCUCAAUCAGCAGUCAUACUGCUUUCCUGGCCUUUUCCAACAAGCCUGCUCUAGGUAAGCAAUGCCUGAUACAAGUGUUACAGAAACAAGAAAAGUAGUUUUGUGAUCACUGAGGAGAAAGCUGAAUUUUUCAUACAUAUCUCUCCUAGAGAGUCACAUAAAACUGGCCAGAGAAAGCUGUGGGAGAGAGGAAUAAAGAAAUUAUCAGGCACUGUAAAAUGGAACUGGCCUUUGACAGGGGGUACAGGAGGGGGCAUUCUUGGAAGACAUUUUAUCAAGGAGUGUUAGGAGAGGUCAGCACACCCAGGUGCCACCACUGGGGUGUGACCAGCUUUGGCCAGUAACGAAAUGGUGUGACGUUGCACAAAAGAGCCUUGAUUGGUCAAGUUGUCAGCCUGCUCCUAUAGCUGUAGUUUGUCCUGAGCAAAGUAGCUAACUCUCCCUGUACUCAGAGAGGAGUAUGUCUCUUUUGACCCAAGGUCUUUCCCCAAACUUAUUCUCUGAAGAGAUGCAGGACAGCUCCUAGGCUGUACAAAUACAGAUCCUUGAGAAGGAGCAAUCGUGAAACAGUUUAGAAGUCAAACAUUAACAAAAACUGUUACCAGUACUUUAAAAAAUAAUAUAAGAACAGAGUGUUUAUUAUGUCUGGGCUAUUCUGAAAAUAAAUGUAAUGUUGUGGAAAUUGUUUUGCUGAGAAACUGUUUAGAGCGGCCUUCAUUUUUCUGCUGGGAGUUUUCACAAGUUGUUGGUGAAGAUUUAUCCUGUGCCACUAAGAAGCACAGAGUUUGGGACAAACAGAAACAGAAGUUAAAGUGGCUUUAACUAAUUCCUUGACCAUCCAGGAACAAAGAGACCUUUGGCAUAAGCCAGGUACUGCAGAACUCACCUUAUGACUACCUGAAAUCUCUGCAGUACAGCAUCUCCAGCUGCCUGUACUGGCCCAUAUGUGCUUUCUACAGGAGCUGUGCUGUUAAAAAUCACCCUCAAUUUACCUUGCAGCUUCUAAGGCCCUUUUCCUAUUGCCUGGGAAACAGGAGAUCAGAAAACAAGUUUCUUAUGUAAUGUGAAGGGUUGGCUACUGUUUGAUAUCAUUUAAUGGGCAAAUCUACAUCUCCUGUCUUUUUGCUAUUACAUUCUAGGAUUACCAGAAACAGAGCAAUUGUAAAAAUCAGGUUAAUUAAUACUGAAAGAAUGCAUUUGCCAUGAUCCCCACAUGAAUUCUCUUAUGACCUUUAUAAUUGCUUUUGGCAUUCACCCCAACCUGCACUGGGGCUUUUGCCAGGAGAGACUUCACCUCUUACCCUCUUCUGCCUAUCACUUUUUGUCACGCUUGUAAUGCCUCUCUGACCACUCUGUUUUCUUGGCCAUUUUCAGGUAGCCUUCAGCUUUGAGCUUAAAGUACCCAGUCAGUUUAUACAUGGCCUUACAGUGGCAUUUUGUAAGAAGACUUUUUAUCCCCUACAGAAUCAAAUUUGCAGAAAACACUAAACAAAACCCUAAGACCUCCAGAUAUUCCCUUAAGCCCAAGCAUGGAAACAUUUUAAAAAUUCAAACAGAAUAUAAUUUCAAAAUAAGUAAGUAUUGUUUGCAACCUUAGGGCAGCUAUGCUAAGAGCUCUAAAGUGCAGACAACAAAAGCAAAAGUGUUUGGUUUUCAUUGUCCUCUGUUAAAGAAGUGGCAGAAAGAAGAAGCAUGUCAUGAGUCAGAGAAAGCAAAUUGGAUUCUAAGGUGCUAUGAUUUGUGUCUGAGUUUAAAAGUAUGAAAAAAAUUGUCAGGCUUCUUUUAAAAGCACAUUUCAGUUCAAGGAGAUGGCAAGGUUUUGCCUGUAAUGCCUCUUGGUGGCUCUCCAUCACA